AUGCCGUUGCAGGCAGGUGGCAAAGGGUGCAAGGGUUUCUUGAGGAAGAUAGUGCUGAAAGCGAAGCAGCCUUUCAAUCUGAUAGCUGUGCUUCAGUCUGUCAUACCUCAUGCAAAGGACACCCUCCAGGAGGUCUACUUGUCAUUGGAUAUCAGCGAGGAGGAAGCGAAGAGCGUCGAUUGGAAGCGUGCUCUCGUCAUGCUCCAAGAAUGCAAGCAGCUGGUGGUGUUGCACAUAUUUCUGUGGGAGAGUGGGUGGCACAGCCCGGCCGUCGUCCUGAAUGACUUGAGUUUACCGGAGCCCUUUGCAAAACUUAGAGAUUUGUCUUUGUUUGGUUUUGCUGUUCCAAACACUGAGAUCGCUUCUUUUUUGAAGUCCUUCCCCAGUCUCAAGACUUUGGAGCUUCACCAUCUUGAGGGUCAGGACUAUGAGCUGAGCUCUGUGAUUGAAGCCAUUGCAUGGGGUAGUCAAAUAGUCGGUCUGGGCAUCGAGAGUAGAUCUUUGCCAAGAAGCUUGGAGUUAAUCGUGGGUCUUCUGGACAGUGAAAGCAGCAAAGUUAGGCAGAAGGCUUUAGAUAUGCUGGCAGACUUGUUGUACGAUGGGAAACCUGAGGACGCUAUCAAGGUUGCCAUUGGCAGUAUUCCAGGGUGCUUGCAAGUGCUGGUCAACCUGCUUAGCAAUCAAGAGGAAUCUGCACAGGUAGAACUUGCUCUGGAUAUCCUUGAGAGUUUGGCGAUGCGUCGUAUUAAUCGCAGGCCAAUAGCAACUUGUUCGGGCAGCCUGCAGCGGCUGCUCGACCUCUGUAAAAGUGACUGCGAGACCAUACGAGGGACAGCCGCGUCGACGCUGGGAAGUCUGGCAGAUGAUUACUGGGCUAAGAAGCUUGCGGCCCAGCUGGUUCCCGCCAUCCUGCAGGGCCUUGUUGACCCUCGACGAUGAGAGUACAGACGUGCGGAGUAUUGCCAUAGAUUCUUUGGCCCGAUUUGCAGACGACUUUGAUAGCAGCGAGCUGAUUGCAAUCAUGCCAGGGGCCCUGCAAAAGGUGGUGAGCUUUCUGGAGUGUGGAAACGUUGAAGUUCAAGCAAGUGCGGCAUGGUGUCUGCGGACCUUGGCUAAAUAUGACUCUGCGACGGCUGUGGUUGAAGUGUCAGGGUGCUUUGAGGGGUUAGUGAACCUGCUAGGAAGUCCGAGCAUUGCCACGCGGGAUAGAGCAGCAUGGGCGUUGAGUACCCUGGCAGAGACAGCGAAUCGGCCAACAGAAUCUCGAUGGUGCCUGGUUUUUGGCAGAAGCUGGUGAAGUGCUUCGAUCCUAAGAGGGCACUGAUCCGGUCUGGACUGAGUAUCUGCAAAAGGAUGUGGUAACCUUGCUUGGGAAUGUUGGGGCGGAGGCUGGGGUCUUGGAGGCCAUUGCAUCUACUCCUGGUUCCUUGCAAGCGGUUGUGGACACACUGGAAAGUGACUUGCAUUCGACGGUGGAAAGUGCUGUUUGGAUGCUCUGUGAGGUGGCGCACGACCAGAGGUUCCGAAAAGCCAUAGCCAAGGUGCCAGGAGUAAUCAAAAAGUUGGAGGAUUUAAUAACGUAUGAGGACUUUAAGGAUGCGCAUGAAGAAGCACGCAAGCUCCUUGACAUUCUGCGAGAAUCAGCUUUGGCUACACAACGCUUGAGUGGCUCA